AGACGAUUUUGCAAGUAACGGAGCAAAACUGUUAAUAACCUAUUUAACAAAAGUCGAGAGAACCAGUAUUUAUUCGCAGCGCUGUGAAAGAAAUGUUUUUGUGUUCUUUAACUUCUAUUUUACAACCGUGUGUGCUCUGGAAGGACCGCUUCAGGAUGUAGAGGCAGUUUGGCGCAUUACUUUUAUGCUAACGUUAACGGACAUUAGCUCCAAAGUAACGUAAUGUUGUGACUGAAGCCUUCGCCUGACAGUCGGCAAAGAAUGCGCUUUGGCCCAGGCUAUAGAGGGUGCUGCUGAAGGGAUUUCAUCAUGUCCAUAAUCACCUGACUUGCGAAAGCAGCUCUUGUAUCGGAUGAAAUAUUGAGUGACACUACAGCUAUCCAAGGUGUUUUCUGAGUUCCAUCGUCAUCAUGACUAAUGUUGAACCUAUGGAGCCAAUUCAACUGUGAGCUUGACAACACAGUUGAUUGUCCUGUCCAGGUGGAGGGCUAGGAUUUAUGACCUCCAGAAACAACAUGAUGUACACAUGAGAUGCAUUCUGCCCUCCCAGUGGACCUGCGAGAGGAUGACUGAUUUCUUCAAGACCCGCAAUUGUAAAGAUGAACCAGAUAUUGCUGACACGCCUGUGGCUCUCCUCACUGUGGUCACUGACGACGCCCCUGCUGAGAUCCACUUCAACCCUGAGAGUGUUUCUGUUGUAGAGGAAGAGGAAAUUGUAGUGGUCCAAGGGACUUCCCCUGUCGGUGCAGCGCCUGUCUCACUGGCAAUGUGCAAUGCCAUUUCCCAGGCUUACAUGUCUGCCAGUGAAUCUCCCUCGGAUGGCAUCAGAGCGCACUCCAUGAGAGGCAUCUCCUCCUCAGUGGCGUUGCACGGUGGGAUGACCAUUGUUGCUCGCGCGCACGCCGACACCACUGCCGCGGUCAGCAGGCGACUGGGUGGCUCAUUAUGGCUCUGGGCAGGUCCACUCACCUCUGUCUCCUGUUCGGGCAGCUGGGCUCGCCUACCUGCCUUACCCUCUCGCAUCGUCUCCACGGCGCUCCCCAGUUCCCCCUUCGCUCCUCGCCUGACCGCCAGCCACCACACCCUUUCCCACCUCGGCCUCCUGUACCCCUCGGCCCUCUCGCCUGAACUCCUCCUGCUCUGCCAGCUCCUCUGUCCCCUGCUCCCACGUCUGCCGGUGUCAGUCUCCCCCCUUUUUUCCAGCCCCUCUACAUCCCUCAAUAAAUCUCUGUUGAAACCAGAAGCGUUGAGUUUGGGUCCGUUCUGUCCAUAA